AUGGCCCGAAUUGCUAGACGAGUAUCAAGCAUCACUUGUAGAGGGCGUGGAGCUUCGCGAGGCCGCGUGUGGCCGGCCUGCGCUGGGCGUAUUCCUGGCAUCUGGAGCAACACCGCUAUGCAGCAAAAUCUCGGCUCCCCAGUUUCUCCAGAUUGCGGGCCUGCCCUGACAGCGUCGCGUGCAGAGGGCCGUGGUACAUGGUCGUCGCGUGCCGACGUGAGGGAAGCGUUGGUGAAGGCUGGCGUCUCGGUUCCCCCCUUGGACGUGUGUGUCUGCAGCGAGCAGAGGAUACUGCACCCACCCCUGUCGCCAGCGAGCCGGACAAGUGGUCAGCGGCGCGUACACCAUCGGCGGUGCGAGAGGCGUGAUGGCCAACGUCCUGGACUACGGGGGCCGUGCUAUGGCCCGCCCCAUAUCGCAAUUGGCGCGACGUAUGGCUGCUCCUGGCACCUGCCGAAAGCACGAGUAUUGGUCAUGCCCUUGCCGCUGAUCCGCCGUGUCUAUCGCGACUGUGCCGCGCUUGUCCAUUCAACAGACGUCUGGAUGCAGCGCCAGGGGCCGCGCUGCAUCCUGCAAUGCCCCGUAAAUGCCGCCUUGCGCGGUCCCAGAGCUGUGGUGCCGACACUGGCCGGCAGCCGAGGGUGGGACGGUGGUGCGCGGGUGGGCGUUCCUGAGGCGGCCAGCCUAAGAGACGACAAGCGUGAGACGGAGCCAAGCAUUUGCGGUAGCGGCUGGGCGUGCUUCUGGGCCGCUGGCGACCUGCUGCUCAUCCUGCACUGCAACCGAUAUCAGCGCAGAUGGAUAGGCUCGAGGGCCGGCUGUCUGGAGUGCGGGAGUGCGCGCUGGAGCCUCCUCUGCCACUCGACAGGCGGGCGGAACGACCGAAAGAAAGCUCCGCCAAGCAUUCGCCCAAGGCGCCGCGCGAAUCGCGCUAUCGCACGACUCUUCAGAGGAACCAGCCAAACCAUCGCCCCUGUCCAAUGGGCAAUGGGGCAAUCAGUGGCCACGCCCUCUCCCCGAGAGCGACGCCCGUAUCAGUUGCACAUCGCAGGCCUCGCGCGUGGCCAGACAAAGCCCGGGCAGGCCAAUGGCGCCGCCGUGAGAGCAUCCUUGGUGCUGACGCCAACAACCAUCGAGUAA